AUGUUCUCCGAGGUAUGCGUUACAGCCCCAAGCAAAAAGAAAAUCCUCAAGCUGAAUAUCAAAAAAAUAAACACGACUUGUCCUAAGAAAAAACUUCCCAAAAAAAUUGAAGAAAAACCAUGAAAAGACCAGCAGACCCAUGGCGAAUUUUUCUCAAUUUCUGCUAAAAAAGGCCCAUUCCGUCAAAGAAUGGAAGACACUUUCAGCAUUUUGCAUGACCCUUCAAAACCGUUUAUCGGUUUUGGAGUAUUUGAUGGCCAUUCUGGAAUCCAAGCUGCAGUGUAUGCAUCCCAGCAUUUACUCACUAAAAUCAGGUCAUUUGAAGAAAGCAGCUUAAUUCAAGCCUUUCUUGAAACUGACCGCUGCUUUUGUGAGUCAGCGCAAACUUUAAAAGAUGGAACAACCGGAUCGAUUCCUUCCUUAGAGAAAUUUGAUCGAUAUUUUUUGAUAGCGGUGCAUUUUUAUCAAAAAAACCUUUUUUAAAAAUAAAAAAAAAAUUAACAAAUUUUUAUCAUGCACACGACAAAAAAUACGCAAUUCCACGAACAACCGCAACUGUAGCUAUGAUAGAAAAUGGCAAAAUUUUAGUAGGCAAUGUAGGAGACUCAAGGGCAAUUUUGAUUAGUGAAAGCUCUUGUGAAUUGCUGACUAAAGACCAUGUAGCAAGUGAUCUAGAAGAACAAGCCAGGAUUGAAAAAGCCGGAGGCUAUGUGAUACCUGUAGGAAGGAUCCCCAGAGUACAAGGAACCAUGGCUAUAACAAGAAGCAUUGGGGACCAAGGGUUUAAGCAAUUCUUGAUAGCAGAACCACAUGUGAUUCAAAGAGAAAUAAAGGAAAGCGACUUGUUUUUGGUAUUGGCAAGCGAUGGGAUUUUUAACAACUGGGAUAUAGAUGGGCUUGGAAAUUUCUUGAGGGAAAGAAAAGAUGUAAAAAUUGAGCUACUAGCAGAAGCUGUAGCAGAAUUCGCAAUAAGCAGUGGGAGUAGAGACAAUGUCACAGCCAUUAUCAUAUUCCCUUAAAAUUAAAGCUAUUUAUUACAAUUUUUUUAUGAAAAAAUUUAAAAAUUCAGUAUAAUUAUAUAUAGAUCUUCAAUAUUUUAAAAAUCCAAGAUUAAAGGCAAGGUUACUUGAUAUUGAUAUGGAGUCUGAUGAAGAAGACACCACAAUGAACAUAGAAACAACCCCCAAAUUUGUCUCAAAAAAAUUCAUGUUUUAA